AAUUUUUUAUUUUAUUGUUUUAUGUAUGGCUGAUAAUUUGGACAGCCCAUUAGUGAACACUGGGUUGGAGCAAUUGCCGUUAAGUGUCUUGCUCAAGGACACACGCCCACAAUGGUAACAGCGACGAGACUUGAACCCAGUACCUCUGGGUUACGGGCAGGCGCGCUUACCACUUUCCACAGCGAAAUACCGAAAGCUAUAAUUACUGCACAGGUUCACCUAUUUAAUUAAAUGUGAUUUUAUUUGAUAGCUUUUAAAAGUCGAAGUAUUUAUAGGUUUUUAUAUUUUAAUUAACUUACAAAAUGCAAGUUGAAAAUCUAUGCCAAGUUUGUCAAGCGACGUUCGACAGAGGGGAUUCCUUUGAUGCGGGGUUCGAUCCCAUCUCUGUACCGAUCCGGCAUCCCGAUCGUACUACGGUAAGACGAGAAUUAAAAGAUGGAGAUGAUAAAAUAGAACCAUCUGUUUGGGACGUGAAAUUUGACUAUUUUGAAUACAACAUGAGUUUUCCGAAGCGAGGCAUAUUUCUAAUUUUUGACCAAGAGAAUUUUGACUACGGCCUACAGCAGAGAGUCGGCAGCAAACUUGACAGAAUUGUCUUGGAAGAAACAGCCAUAAAACUGGGUUUUACUCCAAAUGUUUGUCAUGACUAUACAAAGGACGACGUUUACGCGGAGCUACGUAAAAUUUCUCAAAUGAACCAUUCCCAGUACGAUUGUUUCGCAUGCGCAAUACUUACACACGGAGAGGAAGACGAAAUGGUUUAUGCGAAGGACGACUCGAUGAAAUUGAAAACAUUAAUUUCCAGAGUUUCUGCUACUGAGUGCCCGUCUCUAGCCGGAAAACCAAAGCUGUUUUUCGUACAGGCUUGUAGAGGCAAGGAAAUCUCACAACCAGCCAUAUGUACUACUGCCUGUUUGAAAAGACAACAGGUUCAAUCUGAUAGCAUUCCUGAUGUAGAUUCAGAAGAAACUCCCAAAAUUCCAGCCGAAGCGGAUAUUUUAGUUGCGUAUUCAACACAGCCAGGCCAAGUAUCUGUUCGAAACGAAUAUACAGGCAGUGUGUUUGUGCAAACUAUGUGUGCUGCACUUAAACAACGAGGUGGGGAAUUAGAGUUGGUUCAGCUUCUCACACGAGUCAAUCGAAACAUUGCUCUUACAUUCGAAACCAACAUGUGUAGCCCCAAGUUCGACAAAAAGAAACAGAUGCCUUCUAUUGUGUCACAACUAACAGCAGAACUCUACUUUCGACCGAAAGAUACUGUUUCAUAAUAUAAAUAAAAAAACUAGUAGGGGGAGGGGGGGCACUUUUAGCACGUAAUAUUCAUAUGUCCUGAUCGUGUUUUAAACAAUUAACAAAGGUUUAAGUGGGUCGUGAGGAUAUAGUUUUAUUAUUUUUUAAAUGUUCUUUGAUUCCUACCGUAUGGGACGGGAAAACAGAAUGAAAAGGUGUUCCCCCAUGCACCGCCCCUAAAAUGUGUUCUGGACGUUUAACGAUGCUCGAUAGAGGUCGCCGGGCUACGGUUAUAUAGAUAUUCUUUGUUUACUACAAAAUAGGGCAAGUAAAGAAAACACGUGAAACGUGAAAUUAAACGAUGCUUUGCCGAAUUGGACAAAUAAUUAAAAUCUGCAAAGUCUUUGCAUACUUAUUAAGCAACAAAAUUAGUGCAAAAAUGUUAGCCCUGUUUUACAUCUAUGCCAUACGUACGUUUGCCGCGUGUUAAAUAAAACAAACGCUUUUGAGA